AAUUUAAUUUUUAGUUGUCUGAAUCUCGUGCUAUCUCUCGUAAACAAACACCUUAGCCAGAGCAGUGACUUGACCUUCUAGCGAACAAUGGCAGCAGACUUGAAGCACCAAAAGAUCCUUACCAUUGAGAAGCCCGAUGCUAUGCAAAUGAACCGGGACCUGAUGCAAGCUUUCCACGAAGCGCUCGAAAAGGACCCCGCCGCAGACCUCCUAUCAGUCGUUGGAACUACAUAUAUACGUGCCCAUCGAAGGGCCCAAUAUCAGGAACUCUCUGAGGCUGGCCGCUACAACCUCCGGACCAUAAACAGCCUCUAUGAUGAGGUCAUUGCUCACCCCGAAAUUGACUUGCACGAUCGUUUCCCCUCAGAUUAUCCUCGCAGAUACAGAUGGGCGAUGCCGAGGAAACAUGAAAACGAAACGGCUCCGCAGCAGCCAGAGAAACCUCGCGACUGGGUCCGGGAAAAGCUUGAUUCUAUUGACACCGCCAAUAUCCUUUACCCACUCUCCGACCAGGCUUUGACCCUUCUCCGAAAGUACUCGGAGAUAAACAGCAAUUCUUAUGAAGCUUCUCUUGCAGCAUCAUUGAAAGCACUGAUUUUGCAUUCUGAGAGGCUCUUUGAACUCAGAAUUAGAGGGGUUGUGGUCAAGUGCAGCGACGAAAUUGCGAUCAAAGUUUUCCCUGACAGCAGAGACCUCACUGAAUAUCACAAUCUCCAAUAUCUUGCUGAGCAUGCUGGCGAUCUUCCGAUCCCCAAGCCCCAUGGUCUGGUUAUGCUUGGGAAUCUCCGCGCUAUGUUCAUGUCAUAUAUCCCGGGAGUCACUCUUGACAAGGUGUGGCUGAGUUUAUCUCAUGAAGCAAAAUUAUCUCUACAGAAGGAACUGGACCUGAUAUUUUCUCAACUCAGAAGUUUUCGGCAAGAUGAUGGACCUGAGCUUGGAGGCGUAGGUGGGGAAGGAGUCAAGGAUUAUCGCAUCAUGGAAAUUUCUGCAUACAAAGGCAUAACUACUGCAAAGGGCUUUGAUGAGCUGCAAUUUUCUGCCAAGAAUCGUGCCAGUCCCUGCUACAUCAAGUUGCUUCGCUCCUUUCUGGAGGAGCAAAACAAAACUCUACAAGGAUCAGUGUUUACACAUGGUGAUCUGAAGAAAUCAAACAUCAUGGUAAAGCAAGAUCAAAACGCUAAUACUUAUGCUGUGACGGGGAUUAUUGAUUGGGAGGAUAGCGGUUUCUACCCUGAAUAUUAUGAAUGCACUACGUUGUCAAACGGACAGAGUAUUGUGACGGAUGAUGAUUGGUAUCUUUAUGUACCAGAUUGCAUUUCACCCCUACGGUUUCCCGUCCGUUGGCUGGUUGACCGUCUUUGGGGAAACCUUUUAUGGAGUUGGAGGACAGAUAUAGUUAGAUGA